UAAAAUCUUAAUAGCUUUGAACGCAGUAGAAGCAUCAGCACUGAAACGAGCCAGAGAGGACCACCGACGAUACUCGGAGGACAAAGGUCCGAAGCACGGUGACAUCCUCGACCAUACAGGCAGGAGCACUGUGUACAAGGCGAGUGAAAUGAUAAAGUCUCUUGCUACCUUAACUUCAAAACACAAACAAUCAGUUUAAGUUUUUGAUGGAGGGAAAAUCAAAGUUUCAUCACAUGGAGGAAGAAUUGAAACUUACCGGAUCUGAGCAACUAACACUUGCUACACGAGGUUACAAGAUGAUAAAGAAAGUUAACGAAGGGUCGUAUGCGAAGGUGUAUCUGGCCGAGUACAGGAAUCCGACCAAAAACGAUAAACUAUCGAUACUAGCAUGCAAAGUAAUUGACACUAACACCGCACCCAAGGACUUCGUAAAGAAGUUUCUACCCAGAGAAAUCGAUAUGUUGAUCAAGUUAAACCACCCACACCUCGUACAUACUCACAGCAUAUUUCAAAGAAGAUACAAAUAUUUCAUUUUCAUGCGGUAUAUGGAGCACGGAGACUUGCUCGAGUACAUUCUCCAGAAGGGCGCCGUCCAGGAAGACCAGGCGCGAAUAUGGGCGAGACAGCUCGCUCUAGCCGUACAAUACAUGCACGAACUUGAAAUAGCUCACCGGGAUAUAAAGUGUGAAAAUGUUCUGCUUACUGCUAACCAAAAUGCUAAGUUGUCUGACUUUGGCUUUGCUCGUAGUUGUGUCGAUAAAUCGCUUAAAGAUAUUCACAGUGAAACGUUUUGUGGCUCGCUAUCUUAUACUGCUCCAGAAAUAUUGCAAGGUGCUCCGUACUAUCCUAAGCCCACAGAUGUGUGGUCGCUGGGAAUCGUAGUCUAUGUUAUGCUGAAUAGAGCAAUGCCGUUCGAAGACAAACAUAUCAAGCAAUUGUUUCAAGCACAAAUAAACAGAAAUUGGAAAUUCCGUUCGCGGUACAUAGAUUCUCUUUCAGAAAAUUGUAAACGUUUAGUUACCCUAAUGUUGGAACCAAACUAUCAAAAUAGGAUAAAAAUCGACCAUAUUAUAAACAGCGAAUGGAUAGCCAUGGACUCGAGAUUAUUAGAAUGGACACCUCAAGAGACAUUAGCAUACAAAAAGGCCAAAGAAGAAAAACAACAGCUAAGGAAGGAACUGGAGAACGCAGAGGGGGGCAAAUCAGAUAAAGAUAUUUCCAAUAUACCUGAAACAUCUAUAGUGAAGGCCAAUGUUGACGUAAACGCUUCGUCAACGUCCUGUACAACCCACAACAGUCCAAUAAAAAUGAAUAUCUAUAGACCAUAACACUUUUCCUACCACAAUCGUAUAUAAUUAUGCUACCUAUAAAAGUGAAAAUGAAGUAAAAUAUUCAAGAAUGCUGUAAUAUA